AUGGAUGAUUUAUGGGAUAAUCACGGAAUACACCAACAGGAACAGUACGAACCAAAGAAAUCUGUUGAUCAAGCUCAUUCAUCAUGUGCAGAAGAUGUGUUCAAGUAUUGCAAUGAGGUACAACAAAGUAUGCUUGCCAUGCAUUACACACAUCAAGAUCAGUUAUCCAAAUACUCCCAAACGUGGGGUGGACUGCGACCGAUGGAAUUGAAUGAAAUAGAUGAAACAGGAUCAUUGUCAGCGGCUACUAAGACAAUUAUUUCUAGUCCAGCAGAAAUAGCCCUGUCUGAAAAGCAUGAUAUUUUGGAAUUACCGAAACACAUGCUGGGUAUGGUUGGUUGCAAUAAAAAAGGAGAACGACAUAAUACAGAUAAAAAGGAAGGCAAUGCCGAUAACUCCAAAAUUUUGUUGACUACUUCUUUUCAAAUCGGUGCUCCUCCAAGUGCUUUCAAUCCGUCCUCUCCAGCAGCUCAUUUUUCUUCUAAUGUAAUGGAAGAAAAAUUUAAUGAGCUUGAUGAUAAUGGUUCUGUAAACUCGAAUAAGUUGCAAUUAUUGCCUCAGAUCAAGAAAAAACAAAAAACCAGAGACACGAUUUGUAAGAUUCCGAAGAUUGAUGCUCAUCAGAUUUCCGAUAAAGAACCAUGCGUUCUGAGAAUGGCAAACAAUAAGAAUAACUUGAGUAUUAAUGAUGAUGGAAAGCACGUGACCGUAACUGGGCUUGGUGUCCAAAACGACAGUAUACUCGAUUCAAAAAAUGUCACAGAUGGUCCAUGGGUUUCUGUUUAUGAAGACCUAUGGAUGGCUACAACACCAAAAGAUGGAUAUAUGGAAGAGAACAAGCAACAUCCUUUGGAUAUAACCAAUGAGCUAGAGUUUCUAAGCUCAAAAAACAAUCUCAGCGUGUUAGUUUGCAACCUGGAUUCCUCUGUGCCUAAUGACUUGGAGCGACACGAGUACAUAGAUAAAAUGGAGCCUUAUAUUCAACCGAACUUGUUCCCAAUUCAGGACAACCAACAACCAAAUGCUCAAAACUUGCCGUUUGCACGUUUGGAAUUGGAAAGCUAUUUCGAACAAAAUCGGAAGUCAACUGAUUCUAAAAAAUCUGAAAAAGUUGCUGAUUCCUGUAAAGAUGAUGUAGACGACAUCAAAACCCAUGAUUCAAAUGCUGCUGCAGCAAUCUCUCCUUCAUCAAUCAGUGCUAGAUUUGAGUUAGACAGCACAUCCCUCUUGGACAGUUCAGAACUGGACACACAAUUUUCUGAUUAUGUCUCAGAAAUUGCCGACGAAAAAGAAGAUUCAUUCGAUGGACAGAAAAAUCCAAUGGAUUUUGAUAGAUGUUUUGAAGAAAUUGAUAGAGUGAACAAAGUUGGAGGGAUAAAAGACGAUGAGAAAUACUUGGAGCUUUCGGAUCACAACUGUAAAACUGGUUCCACUGCGGAGACUGGGGAAACUUUCAAUUCUACAGCAACUACUGUAAGUUUAAAUCAGGCAGAGCAGAUGACGCCUCUGCUUCACUGCAACACAGAUAGUCUUUGUUUCUCAGGUCCUUUGAUAGUUGAAGAUUUUGCUCAAACAUCAGUCAAAGAUAAUACAGAUGAUCUUCAUUUCUCAGGCCCUUUGAUAAUGGAACACGCCCAAACAGAAGUCAAAAAUAAUACAAAUUAUCUUUGUUUCUCAGGCCCUUUGAUACGGGAACAUUUUGAGCAAGCAGAAGUCAAAGAAUUCGUGCAAACAGAUGCUGAAGAUUUUGAGCGCAUGGAAGAAGAAGAUGCUGGCCAAAUAGAAGAUGAAAACAAAAUUGAUCUGGAUUCGCUAUUCAAAUUAAUCAAAGAUGAUAUUUCCAAAUUCGCUGCAAAUAUAAUCAGGAAAAAACUUGAGAAUCCAAAGUUAAGGACAAUUGAGGAACCCAAAUUGUUGCGUGAAAACACGUCUUUGACGUUCUUAUUCGGAGAUACCAUAGAAGGGUUAGCAAAAGAGUACUGUGCUCCCGUGGUAGAGUUUAAAAAAUUGUAUUUCGGGGAAGAAGAGUUUGCUGUGACAAAACUGGUCAAAACGGCAUGGAAAAAAAAGAAAUCGGCUACUACCAUGUACUAUCGACAAUUUCUCAAUUAUUUUUGGGCUGUGACGACGUUCAGCGAUAUGCGAGAUGUGAAGUCAAUUGAGGCGUUGACGGAAAAAGAAGCGGCUUUCUUUUAUAUGGCGGUGUUUUUGUACUAUUCACCCGGGCAGUUAAAUAACGACUUGUCACUGAUUAUUUUCGAGCUCACUCUACAUUUGGCAACAUCUGAAGUCUUUGGAAAACUUAGCGGAAUGCGUGCGCAGAAGUUCAUAAUAAAGCACACCAAAUCUAACUGUCCCGAAACCAAAAGCCCGUAUUCGAGUGUGAAACAAAAAUCAUACCAUGCUGUCAAAUCGUGGAGAAGGUUCACAGACAUGAGUGGUUUCUCACCAGGACUCAAAUGUUUCAAAUGGCUUUGUCGAAUCGUUACCGAUGAAAAAAUUGGACCAAUAAACAAUGCUCGUGAUCGUCUCAUAGAAUAUCAUAUAAAACUACGAGAAGAAGAGUUCGAUACGGAAAAGAAAUGUAUUGUGAAUGAUAUUCGGAGAGGAUAUUUUCACCAACCAACCACGUGCGCUUUUCCUGCUCCCGACAAUGUGGAUCGUCCAACAAAUUCGUUUUCUUCGAGAAAUAUCAAACGACGCUCAAAUAAUGGAGAUCUGAUCGGUUCAACACAAAAGAAAACAAAACGUUCAUCAAACGUGGACGGAUCAGAAGCUACUCGUCCUUCAAUAUCUUCCGAACAACCACAAAAUAUGGAUCCGGUGAAAAUUAAAGUCAGUGUGAAGACAGACACAGGAGUCAUUUUUAUCCGAAAUUGUCACAUCGCGAUGUCACAGAAACCCAAAAAAGAUCCGCCUAAAACUCCAACUUUCGCUAAACUGAAUGCCGAGAUCGAAAAGUUCAACCUGGAACACUAG